GUCGUUCUCCUUCACCGGUGUGUACGGUACGGUGCGACGCCGUGGAGCGUGGUUUAUACUCGGUGUGUAGCUUACUUCCAUAUACCUCGCAGCGAGCGAGGCCAAGAUCGAACCGGGGAAUGUGUAUUUCCGGUGGUAUGGAGUAAAAGAGAAGAUCAGAGAUACGAGAGUUGCCUUGGAUGCUGGAGCUGGAGCUGGAGCUGGAGCUGGAUACGAAGCUGGAGGGGUUGCCUUUGCUCUUUCACAACGUGUGUGGGGAUAACUGGAGCUUCGGUUAAGUCAAGUGGAUCGUCUCAGGGCGUAGCAGUGUACCGGUUAAACCCGGAGUGCGUAGGACAGAGGUCGGCAGCUCGUAGUAAAAAGAAAAAGAAGAAGAAAAAGAAAAAGAAAAAGAAAGAGGAAGAGGUAGAAAAUAGAUAAAAGAAGAACAAACACAUCCCGAGGCAGAAGAAGUGAAAGCUUCGAAGAUCGGGCAAAACAAAGAAGAAAAAGAAGCAAAAGAAGAAUAAGAAAAGGGAUAGAAAAAACAAGGGAGCCCAAGCAAGGGAUAAAAAGUGGAACAAGUGGAAGAAAAUCUUAGGAUCUUAGUCACGAGCCCGGCGUCAUUCUUUUUUCGCGGGGGGAAAAAACCAUUCAUGUGUUAACGCUCAGAGAUAUGUUAUUUUAUUCGAUUUUUGCGAUCGCCUUUGCCGCGAGUGCUUUGGCCACACCACCUCCGGGAUACGUGAAAAUACCGGACAACGACAAGGACCCUCCAGCUUACGAGUACAAGUACGAAAUCGGAGAUGGUACGGGCAAAGGACAAGGCAAAGAGGAAACUAGAGACGGAGAAUUCGCGAGCGGUAGCUACUACAUUAAUACGGGGGAGGCAGCUACCGAUGUCAAGUACUUCGUCGAUGACUGGGGUUACCAUCCAGUGGUGAAGUACGGCUCGACUGACAAGCACAGUUCGACAACGACGCGAUUCGCCCUCGGGGAACACGCUGUCAAGGCGCUUCGUAACGGCGGUGACGUUGGUCCCAGGGUGAAGCUGCCAAGUGAUUCACAAAAGCGUAAGUCGGUGCAAAUAAUUCAACCAUACUCCGUGGAGGACAAGAAUCCAGAUUCCUCGAACCCGAACUAUCCCACGGUGGGGAGCGACGCCGGCUCUCAUUCCAGUCGGUUUCAAGAACUCGGAGAAGCCUCCGUGGAAUCGAGCAGCGCCGAGAAUUCCUCGAAAGAAUCGCGAGGGCCCUCGACUGUAUUAAUUCCCCCGGUAAGCCACUCGACGACACCGUCUGCUCCGCUAGAGUCGUCGUCACCGUCGCGGGAAGAGCCUCGCGUCGCCGUUACGCCGACGACACCGAAGACUCUCGUCAGCUACGCGCCUCCCCACGAAGUCAGGGAUAUUUAUGCAAAUAACGAUUACCAAAACGCGGCGCUCAUCGACGAACAAUUGUUCCUUCAAAGCGCCGCCGGUAACUUUGGCCAAAGGGUACAACCCGGUUCCUCCUCUACUUUCGAAUCGGAAGGAUCCAACUUCCGGGAGUACAAAUAUCCUUCGUCGAGCGCACGCCCACCGUUCGGCUCGUUGACGAAACAGAACGGAGACGUUACAUACACCGUUUACUCCGGAUCGCAAUCCAACACCGCGUUUCUAUCUUCGGCUGGAAAGACCAAAAAAGUACAAAGGAUCCAGGACCUUUAUCGUAAGAAAAUCGGACCGUCCUCGGUAACGGAAACUCCGAAUUACUCGGUCGUUUACGCCUCCACUACGUCGAAUCCGAUCACCGAAACUGGCGAGAUAAUCGGUAACGAUUUGGUCAGCGAGAAAGUACAGGAACAAGAUUAUUCUCAAUUCGGAAUUACGGACCCUCAUCUCGUCAAUAUCGGACUGGCUGCUGCUGACCAAGAAACGAUCGAAAUAAAUCAAUCGAAAAUCAGCGACGCCGGUAACGUCGGAGGUACGUUCGGGAAACCCAUAGUUGUUGCCGAAGUAACGUCCGCCACGGGAACGUACGAAGAAUCAAAGCAAGCUUCGACAUUGGAGUGUAUCGACGACUCCGCCGUACCCACCACACCUGCGACGCCGAUAAUAUCGUCUACUUUCGGCCCCCUGAUACAAAGUGACGAGGUUCUGGUAACACCGAAACCUCAGAGCCACAGCCACGUGACGACGUCGGCUGUUAUUUUGAACCCUAUUCAAGUUGGCGUGGCUCUGGUGAACGCUGGCGAAGCGAAUCUGAUAAACGACGAAGCGAGCAAAUCGUCCGAAGAUCGGAUCGCGGCUGAUAUUCUGUCGCUGAAUUCGGAAGCGGCUUCGGUUGGUUCCGUGCUCGGUGAUUUGCAGAGAAUCAACUUAGAGGACCAAAUUCAGCAGUUACAGGUACAGCAGCGCGAACACGAGCUCGGAGAAGAAAACCGGAUAAAUGCCGAAAGGCAGAUUCAGCAGGUGCAGCAGCAACAGCUUGAACAAGAAAUCCAACUACAAGUUGCUCAGCAGUUGCAGAGGGAAUUGGACUACCAGGGGCUCCAGGUGGAACAGCAGCUUCGCGUCGAAGAUCAACUGCGGCAGAGAGAACAGCAGCAACAAGAAGAACGAAAAUAUGCGUACCAACAACUAGGCGAGGAAACUCAACUCCAACAAGAAGUGGAACUUCAACAAGUCGAAGAAUCCCAACAGAACGAACAACUCCAACAACAACAACAAGUAUUGGACCAAAUUCAAAAUGUUGGUCAGUUACAGGUAGCUAAUGCAAAUCUUGUACACGAGAUAAUUGAACAACAACAACAACAGGAGGACAUCGUUCUGCAACAAGUUCAGCAGUCUCAAAUAGAAGAACAACUUCAACGGCAAGAGUACGAAGCUCGGAAACUACAGGAAGCGACGGAGAAUCAACGGGCAUCGGAAGAACAGGAACAAUUACAGCAGCAGCAACAUGACUUGCAGCAGAAACUGAACAAGUAUCAGGAGGAGCAUAAUGAUAAUUCGAACAGUUUUUCGGACAACUCAGGAUCGGGGAACGAUCAAGGCGUUGAAAUUCAGCAGUCGGUGGAGGUUUAUCACAACGAGCCGAUACGGGAAAUACAUUACCCCGCUGAAGCGGCGUCCAACAGCGAAUCGUCUCACAUCGAAUCCUUGCAGAUCGAUCACUCCCGGGCGCAUCAGCAACAGCUGCAGCAACAGCAAUACAUCGAACAGUUGCAAAACAUCGCGAACAAGCAACAAGCUUAUCGAGCGAUAGACCAAUCCGGGGCUCAGGGCUUCUUGGCAAUUAGUUCCAGCCAUCAACCAGCGCUCGUUCACACGGAUCAAGUUUCUUCGGGAGCUGUUGAUAAUCUUCAGGCGGCGCAACAAGUCCAGGUCGUCAAUAAUCAAGAAGGCCUCGAUCACGCCCACGACUCGAUCCAAUCUAAUUUCCAACAUCCGCAACAGACCCCGAACAACAACGGAGUUGUCCUUUUCGGACUCAGAGCGAACCACGGACCGUCGUCUUCCCUUCGUCAAGACCACCAAGGUGAUCGAUACCGCGAAAUCGAUCAGCAGGCGAAUUAUCAGCUGAUUCAUUCUCAAUCGCAUCGGACACACGAAUCGAACAAUAAUAAUUUCCGAGUGCAACAAGUGUCGUCGGUGAACGGUCUGCCGUACACCCUCGAAGCUUCGCAGGAAUUAGUCGUUCCCGGUGUGUCGGGUACCACGACGCAAGUGGGGGACGACCAGAUCCUCCAAUCCGUCGGUAGAGGAGUGGAAAAUCAGAUCCUCGUCCAACGGCCUUACCAGGUGAAAAAAUUAAUCGAGAAGACGGUUCGCCUCCCGCAGCUUUACCCGGUCGAGACGAUCGUCGAGAAGAAAGUCCCGUUCCCCGUCGAGGUCGAAAAGAUCGUGGAGAAGCAGGUUCCGGUUCACAUACUGCGACCUUAUCCCGUCGAGGUCGAAAAGGUGAUAGAAAAGAAGGUUCCCUAUCCGGUCGACAGGGUGGUCGAAAAACACAUUCCCAUAUUGCAACCGUAUCCCGUGCACAUCAAGGUCCCGCAACCUUACCCGGUCGAGAAAGUUGUUGAAAAACAGGUGCCUUACGCGAUCGAAACUAUCGUGGAAAAACCGAUAAAAAUUCACGUACCGGUUGCCACGAUCGUUGAGAAAAAAGUCCCCGUGCCUUACCCGGUUGAGAAGAUCGUCGAAAAAACCGUUCACGUGCCGAAGCCUUAUCCGAUAGAAAAAAUUGUCGAGAGGGUGGUCGAGAAGCCGGUUCACAUCCGAGUUCCCUACGCCGUCGAGGUGCCGAGGAACGUACCUUACGGCGUUCACUACGGUGUUACCUACCAGCAGAUCAUGAGACCUCACGGCCACAGCCUUUACCUGCACCACGGUAAACCGAGGAUACCGUUUUACGGACACCCGGUGUCAGCGAGGCACCAGGAAUUCAGGCAUCAGGAGAACGGCCACCAGUUUCAGGGGUACGGUUACGAGAAGCCGGGAAUAAGUUUUGCGGAAAAUGGUCCGGGCGAUCAGAGCGUCGCCAACAGUCAAGCGACAGCGUACAAGCAUUCGGUGCACCAGAAUUCCGCGAAAAAUUUCAACUCCUACAUAAUCUAUCCGAAUCAUUCGUUGAGAAGACACGCGGUGAGAAUCGCCGGCAAGGAACAAAAAAGUCCCGACGAAUACGUGGGCCCGGUACCGCCGCAGAGAUCACCGUCUAUAGUCCGCCACCGUCAACACUCGCUACAACAGAAUCAACACGUACCUCAACUGGCUAGGGCGCCCCAAUCUCAAACUUCCGCGACAAGGUCGCCGACCUCGACUACAACCCUUAGGAGGGUGAAAGAACAGGAAACCAAGCCGCAAUCCAACCCAGGAAACUUUAGACAGUCAAGGGUCGAGUACGGCUUCAAACCACCGAUGAUUCCUUCGGUUCAAUACGACGAGAAGACCGCCACCAAGGUUGAAAGCUAAUCGAACCACUUCAAUCGAUAUUACUAUAGGUAUAGCGUGCAUACACUUACUCACCCACAAGCAGCGAAAGCGGCUACUAAGUUAUUAUCCCACAUUAUUCACACCUUUCAUCGCCGGAGAAGUGUUUUAUUAUUUUCCUCGAUCUUAGUCAAUGCUCAUAUUUCAUGGGUCACCUGGCCACUCGAGCUAUACGGUGUUCAUUUCUUACCGUGAUAGUCGUACGUACAACGUUAUUAAAUAUUGUAUACCUCGUCGUAUUUUUAACGAUAAAAUUAUUCGUAUGAAAAAUAAUUAUUAACAACGAAUGGGUUAGCCCCUUGACAAUAAAACGCGUAUAUAGUUAGUUA